AACCACGACGUUACAAACUUACAAUGAGCCGUCUAACUCUCGCUUUCUCUGCUCUCUCUCUCUCUCUCUCUCUCCCUUCCUCGCCGGCUGGAAGUUCUAUUCAAAUUGGAACUCUCUGUUUCUCUCUUCCGCUCUGCUCCAGUUUCAAAUACAGUCCCCUUUUUGGGGCGUCUGAAAUUUUCUCUCACUUUCUUCCGCUUUCUCGCCAACCGUAUGCGUUUUAUUUUCCCUUUCCUUUUUAAACAUAGAUGCCUUUUUUCGCCGUCUCGCCUUUCUCUUAUUCGUUUCUUUAUCCGUAUACUUUCUGCCGUUUCAAAAGCCUUCUCUCAUCUUUCUGUGUUCUAUUGUUUUUCCCCUUUUCGGGUGACGUCUUUUGCUGUUAAUCCACUGGUAGAUGAAGACAUUUAACUGGGUUUCUGUACUUUCAGAUUCAAAGAUUAGAUCAUGUAUUUGCAGCCUUUUUGUUGCCGCUUCUUUGAUUUUUGGCGCUUAUUUCAUUGGGACAACAGUUACUGCAAAAGAUUACAAAGACAGGAUUUUAAAAUGGGACACGACUUAUGCCAUGCAGAAUAGUCAAUCUGAUACAUGCAAGAAUCACUGCAGGCCUUCUGGGAGUGAAGCAUUACCGCAAGGAAUCAUUGCCAGAACAUCAAACUUGGAAAUGCGACCUUUAUGGGAUUCUACAGUGAAAAAUAACCAUUGGAAGCCUUCAAUGAACUUGUUAGCCAUUGCAGUCGGGAUAAAGCAAAAAGAAGUUGUGAACUGUAUAGUCGAAAAGUUCCCUUCAAGUGAUUUUGUUGUGAUGCUUUUUCAUUAUGAUGGUGUCGUGGAUGAAUGGAGGGACUUGGAGUGGAGUAAUCAUGCAAUACAUGUUUCUGCUAUGAACCAAACAAAAUGGUGGUUUGCAAAACGUUUCUUACAUCCAGACAUUGUUUCUGAAUACAACUACAUUUUUCUCUGGGACGAGGAUAUUGGAGUUGAAAAUUUUCACCCAGGACGGUAUCUAUCUAUUGUUAAAGAUGAAGGACUGGAAAUAUCACAACCAGCGGUUGAUCCUGCUAAGUCAGAGGUUCAUCACCAAAUUACUGCACGUGUGAAGAAAUCAAGAGUGCAUAGAAGGAUGUAUAAGCUUAAAGGCCAUGGAAGGUGUGAUGAACACAGUACAAAUCCCCCAUGCAUAGGUUGGGUGGAAAUGAUGGCACCAGUGUUCUCAAAAUCUGCUUGGCGAUGUGCAUGGUACAUGAUUCAGAAUGACUUGAUCCAUGCAUGGGGCCUGGAUAAGCAGCUUGGUUAUUGUGCACAGGGUGAUCGAACAAAAACUGUUGGGGUGGUUGAUUCUGAGUACAUCGUGCAUCUGGGUCUUCCCACUCUUGGUGCCUUGGAUGAAACAAAGUUGAAUAAUGGAACGCCUGAUCAUUCUUCCCAAAUGAAGAACUUACCAGUGCCAAAAAAAGAAUUGGCACAAUCAGGCCCACACAUAUAUGAUAAUCGAUAUGCGGUGAGAAGACAGUCCUUCAACGAAAUGCAGAUAUUCCAGAAAAGAUGGAAAAAUGCAGUGAUGGAGGACAAGUGCUGGAUGGAUCCAUAUCAAUGACCAGCAUUGCAUCCAUAAGUUCCAAUUUCAGGGGCCUUCUCAACUUGAGUUGAAGUGCAAGGUUGGCGAUCUGUCUCAUAACCAUAGAAACUAUCAACACAAUCUUCCACGCCCACCAUUCGGCAUAUGGUGUUAAAAGAACUCAGGGAGGGCAUUCUUAAGAAUGUUGAGGUCCUGAAGGUUAUGGAAUGGCUGUACAUUUAAGUGUAGUAUUUCCUAAAUUAUGUAUCUAUAUAGGUAUGUAUUUAUUUCUGUAAUUAUUUGUAUAAAAAAUUAUAGAAACUAUUUUUUGGAUUUCAGAUGAGAAAUGAGCGAUGCCCUCGAUUUUUUUGAAGUUA